AUGGCGAGCCAGGAUGAUGAUCUUCAAGCUUCGAAGACUGAAGGUUAUAAAAUCAGUGAAAAAAAGACCGUAGCAGAAUAUGCAAAACUUGACCAGAAUGAUGAAUCACUCAAUCGUUGGAAAGCAUCGCUAGGAAUCUCGGACGCAAAGCCAAUCCCAGUUGAUCCGAACGAUCAACGACGCUGUGUCAUUAAAUCUCUUGCUCUAGAAGUAGAAGGUCGGCAUGAUAUCACCAUAGAUUUGACCGCCCCAGGAAGCCUCGAAUCUCUCAAGGGUAAACCGUUUAGCAUCAGGGAAGGAGCGAAAUUUCGCAUGAAAGCCAACUUCGUUGUACAACAUGAUGUGUUGAGCGGGCUGAAGUAUGUGCAAGUCAUCAAAAGAAAGGGUAUCAGAAUGGACAAGUCUGAAGAGAUGCUUGGCUCUUAUGCACCGAACACAGAGGACAGGCAAAUCUACGAGAAGAAGUUUGCCGAGGACGAGGCGCCCUCGGGGAUGUUAGCAAGAGGUCAUUACGAUGCUGCGUCUAGGUUUGUUGAUGACGACAAUAAGGAAUAUCUAAAGUUCGACUGGUCCUUUGACAUCUCUAAGGACUGGAAAUGA